AUGCGGACCUUGACGCUCUUUCUCGUAGCCGCUUUGGCAAAUGCAUUCCCUCAUUCUAACCACGCUCUUUUUCCCUCCUCAGCAAUUGAGGACACUGGCACUACCUGCCGCAAUCCUGUUUCCUAUUACGAUUACUCUGCAAAGUCCCGCCGGGACCAAGCACUCCCCAUUUGCCCAAUUGAGGAGACUUCAGCUGCAGUUGAAGUCAGCUCUUUGUUUGCACGUCAAGUCGUCGGUGGUGACGACUAUUCGUGUGCCCCCGACCGUCCCUGCAGCAACAAAGCAUGUUGUCCCAAGGAAACUCUCCAGUGCAACUAUGGUGAGGAGUACUGCGGCACGUCAGGCAUCUCCCCGAACGAGGUCUGUUGGUCCAAUUGUGAUGCCAAGGCCGAGUGCGGGAAGAACGCUGCAGUGCCUGGUCAAGAAUGCCCUCUGAAUGUCUGCUGUGGAAAGUGGGGGUUCUGUGGCAUGACAGAAGACUACUGCGAGGUCGAGGACAAGGGCACAACUGGAGGCUGUCAGUCGAACUGUGACCAGCCCGGUCCCAAGAACAAGGCUAGCACUCAGUCAGACAGGAUCAUCGGCUACUAUGAGGGAUGGCGCUACAACAGCGUGUGCCAAGGCAUGGGCUUCGAUGAUAUUCCAGUCAACUCUCUCACUCAUCUAUACUUCUCCUUCGGAUACAUAACGCCCGGUGAUUUUAGCAUCGCCGGCAUGGACGGUCUUCCUUACGAGCUCUUCUCAGACUUCACGAACCUGAAGAAGAAGAACCCUGGGCUCAAGACCGUUGUUGCUUUGGGUGGUUGGACGUUCAACGAUCCUGGCCCAACCCAGAAGGUUUACAGUGACAUGGUCAGCACGAAGGAGAACAGAGCCAGGUUCAUUGAAAACCUCUUCUCCUUCAUGCGCCAAUACGCCUUCGAUGGCGUCGACUUUGACUGGGAAUAUCCGGGUGCCGAUGACCGCGGAGGAGUUCCCGAUGAUGGGAAAAACUUUGUCACGUUCUUGAAGGAGCUCGACGAAGAGAACAAGAAGCAGCCGAUGCAUUAUAUUGUCUCUUUCACGGCACCUACGAGCUACUGGUACCUGAGGCAUUUCGAUUUGAAGGCUGUUGACUACGUGGACUUCAUCAACGUCAUGUCAUACGAUCUACACGGAGUAUGGGACCGCGAGAAUCCCAUCGGCUCGCACAUCUACGGUCACACCAACCUGACAGAGAUGAAGCUGGCCUUCGAUCUGUUCUGGCGCAACGACGUGCCGGCCAAGAAGCUCAACAUGGGUCUCGGCUUCUACGGCCGAGCCUUCCAGCUCGAGGAUCCGUCUUGCAGCAAGCCCGGUUGCCGCUUCAAGGGCGGUGCUACCAAGGGAGCCUGCAGCGGCGAGUCCGGCAUCCUGAGCUAUCGCGAGAUCAAGGAGAUUAUCAAAACCGACAAGCUCAAGCCUUACCACGACAAGACAGCUGGUGUCAAGUACAUCACGUACAGAGGGGAUCAGUGGGUCUCCUUUGAUGACGACGACACGUUCAAGCAGAAGAAGGAGCUCGCGGCAGACCUUGGGCUGGGCGGCUUCCUGAUCUGGGCGGUUGACCAGGAUGACGCCGAGCUGAGCGCCCUUCAGUCCGUCAUCUCGCCCAAGAGCCUUGGUGCCUUCAAGAAUGACGCGAAGGAUAAGGACUACUUUGAGGACUCCAACGCUCAGUGCUACAUCACUGAGUGUAGCGGCAAAUGCAAGCCUGGGUUCUUUAAGAUCACGGAGCAAAACUGCGGAAAAGAUGACAAGAAGAGCCAGCUGUGCUGUCCGUUGUCUUCAGCCCCGAACCCAGAGAACUGCCAAUGGCGGGGUAAUCCUCCCUUCUGCAACGGUCAUUGCCAGGACGAUGAAGUGAUGCUCGAGAUGAACCGCUGGGGUGGUGGAGGAUACUGCACCGACGGAAACCAGGCGUACUGUUGCAAGAGCCCUCUCGCCCAGGAGAAUCAGUGCUACUGGGCAGGGAUGGGCAAGAAGUGCAACAGCGGAGACCGCGCAAUGACCUUCUCCGGAACCGUCCUGUCAGAAGCCGCCGACAUUGCGCAGGAAAUCAUCAACAUUGUCGGGAAACCCACGCCGCUCCACCAGAUGGCUGGAGAAGCUCUCUCAGAGUUGCUCGAGAUCAUUGAGAUUGACACCAUGAAGGUAUACUGCUGUCCAGAGGAGGACACCAAGAAGUGGCAAAACUGCGACUGGUACGGCGAGCCGGGGUCGUGCUUUGACAACCAUUGCCCCGAAGUCAAGUCGGUGCAGCUGACUGACAGCUACUUUGGCGGAGGAGACACCUGCGGUUGGAGAUGGGAAAGAGUUCGAGUUUUCUGCUGCGAGCCUACUGGCGGGGAGCCGCUCUUCCUGCCGGUCCCUCUAGAGAACCUCUUCGAAAACCCCCCUACCGGUGACGGCAUCGACACUGAUUUCAGUCUUGAAACCGAUGACACUUUUGGCGACGGCCAGUCAGAUACCAAUGAUAACCCUAGCGACGCCGCCUUCCAAUUUGUCGUCUUGACGUCCCCAGAAGACCUUCAGGUAUCGCUUGACAAGCGAGACGGCUCACACUGGGACAUGUUCAACUGCAAGGAUGCCGUGACUGAGGGCGAACACACUGUGCAGAUGGUCUGCACAGACACCUCAGAGAACAGCAAUUGCUACAAGAUUGGCCUCGGCCACGGUGUUCCCGGCACCAUCCUCCAGAUGCCCAAGGGCUGCGGUCCCGGGAAGUAUGCCGUAGCAAAGAGCAUGGAGCCGUCCAAGAAUACGCUGUUACCACGCCAUCUGUCUCAUCUGGGCGAGCGAGCAGUCGUCUAUGACCUGACAUUUGACUACAACUUCCAAAGGGUGCCCCGUGACUUGGGUAACACUCAAAUGCGUAUCGACUUCUCGAAUCAAGACAAUUACUGGGACGAAGUCGUCAAGGCGACAGUAAGUAAGAAGAAGAAGAGCAAGAGGUCCCUGGAAGACUUCGGGGGCAACCACGUCCAGUGGCUGGAAGAGGAAUACCGCGACGACCACCACUUCGGUGGCCUGAGCACGCGGGAGCUGCAUGAGCGCUGGUUCGGAGAGGGAAUCCUCGAGUGGUUGACUAGGAUGGUCAAGCCCGAGAUUAAAAGGGAGUUUACAAACAACAUCCACGAGACGUUCACUGCUAAGAUAGUCGACGAGAAGUGGUCGUGCACGAAGGGAGACGUUAGCUACGAUGGCCACAUCCUGGCGCAGGCAAUCCUCGACAUGUCUGUCGAGACCAGCUUCGGAUUCACUCUCAUCGUCACCAGCCUCAGGGAUCUCGAUCUGAAAAAGAGCUACCUGACGUUCUACAAUAAGGGUGAGAUCUCUGGAACAGUCACCCUGGAAGCCGUAGCCAAGGUCUACUACAACAAGAAAAACACCAUCCUCAAUCUGCCCUUCCCCGGUGCAUCAUUCAGGAUUCCCGGAAUCGCCACCAUCGGACCUCAAAUCACGGUGCAGGGCGAGAUCAACGCACAGCUCGGCCUGGCUGGCACCAUCGAGACGAAGCUCCAAAUCGCCUCGUGGGAGACACGACAAGUGCUUCCAGACACGAGCGAAUACAAGCCAGAUGAGAUCGGAGACGGUGUCAACUUGGACAAGACCGGCAGUUACCAGGGUGGCCGGGAGCCGGAAUUCUACGCGGGCGUGAAGGUCUCGGGCGAUGUGACUGCAAAGCUCUCAGCAGCCGCCGAGUUUGGCAUCCGGUUUGACGACAAAUGGGACGUGCCGUACGUCGGCGCCGCCGUUGUGGGCGAGGCAAAGGUCUUCGUGAAAGCCGGCUCGGGUAUCUCGACCCAGGCCAAUUGCCCAUUCACCUAUUCCCUCGACGUCGGGGCACGCCUGUACGCCCACAUUACCGAUGGCGAUCUCUUCGGGUGGGGCAUGCAGGACUUCGAUAUCACGCCGGCAUGGAACAAGAACCUGGCCAAGUCCGAGUGUCCAGAUCUUGGCCCGAUUCCUCAGAAGCGGAGCGUCAUUCCGGGCCUGCCAGGAACAGUGACGGACAACAUCACUUCUGAAGUGGGCCUUCACACGUUCCAGAAACGAAGUGGCGUAUAUGGGCCUGCUUUCAGGAUUCCCGUCGGGAAAUUCUUCUGUCCAAGCUCUACAGAUGAUAACGAGGACGAGUCGGGCGAUUGUUCCGAUAUCGUGCCUUAUUGGGACGACGACGAAUUCAACACAAACGAUGGCGAGCGUUACAAGUUUCGGCGUGAUAGCAUUCACUCCGGAGAAUUUGACGAGGCUAACGUGUACACUAACGAAACUGAAGGGGGUGGUUUGUUGGUACACAACCUCCAGAAGAGAGUAACGCCCAGAGAUGACAAGAUUUGUGGCCUCGAAAUCAUAACAAGCCACCCUAACGGCGGGGAAGCUCCCGGUUUAGGAGAAUUGCCUAACGCGCCUGUCUACGGAUGGGAAGAAGCCCAAGUUUGCAGCAACUUUGACUGGGGCGGGCCUCUUACAACACCGACCGCGGGCCAGAUGUAUCAUGCGGAGCAUGUCAUGGAGUGGCAGCUGCUGGGCCUUUUCUUCGUAGAGGAAGAUAGGAACGGCGAUUACCCUACCUGGCCACAUCCAAACCCGACUAUCAACCGCCAGCUUAAUUUUUGUGAAUACGUCAAGGAGUACUGGGACCAUGAUGUCGCGAUCAACGGUGUCACUCAGAACAUUCCACAGCAUCUUGCAGAUCAAUACCCUACUGAAAACACAUUCACAGGGGACUGGGUGCUCUUGCAAAGUGAGAUAAAUACACCAGCCAAAGCGAAGGCAUGGCUUCUGUAUCCAAAGAACCGCUUCAUCAUAAACCCAGACAGAGCUCAGAGGCGCAUCGCACGCAACAUAAACGAGGCGAGAGAAGUUCUCAAAUCGCUGAGAAUGCUCAUCGGAUCCGCGCACUACCACAUGAGUCCCGGCAUUAUCGACAUCCUCAAAAGGCAAAAGGGUCGCAUACAAACCAUGUUGAGCACGCUCGACAACCAGGUCCUUCCUGCGAAUCCGCCUACCUACAACGGGAAUCCCGGAACGCCUUGGACGCCGAUGGGUUUGGCCGACAAGUGGCAUCAGUUCAUGCUUGAAAAGUACUGGAUUGCCCAGAGCAAGACUAACAAGGCCGUCAACGAGCUCCUGCCUGUCAUCUCAGAGCAGUAUGCAGAUCAGCAAGCGAGGGACAAUGCGGUCGACCAGCCUGGCGAUGACGCUGAUACGCUGGCACGGAAGCAGAAGGAAAGGGAAUUCAUCGAUGACAUCGACGCAACGGCGGAGCAUUGGAGAUCAAUUGGUGCUUGGCCUAAUCCGUUCUUUUAG